AUGACUAUCGAAUCUCGCUCCAUGAAAUCUCGCACCGGCCGUGCAAAACAGCGCUAUAACGAGGCUGGUGAAAGACUUGUUGCCGGGGUGGUUCCCCUCAAUAACAGCAAGACUCAAGUUCUUCUUGUCCGGUCAACCGAGAGAUCUGGCUGGAUACUUCCCAAAGGUGGCUGGGAAAUGGAUGAAUCAAUUACUGAAGCAGCGCAGCGCGAGGCUUGGGAAGAGGCUGGCAUUAUCUGCACCGUUGACUAUGACCUGGGACAAAUCAAGGAUAAUCGACCUCCCAAGCACAUGGCCACUGUGCCGACAAAGGCCAUGUACCAAUUCUACGAGGUUACUGUCACUCGUGAAGAAUCAGUUUGGCCCGAAGGUCAUAAACGCGCUCGAAAGUGGGCCAGUUACGCCGAAGCGAAAAUUGACCUUACCCAUCGCCCCGAGCUUGUAGAAGCACUCGAACGCUCGACCAUACGAAAAUAG